UAGGACGUGUAUUUACUGUAAGUGGGACCAGAGUAAAUAGUGCGGAAGCGUAGCAGGACACAAUUGGUUACGAACCAGAGUCUUUUAACUUGUGGUUGUAACUAAUGUAUCCGAUAAGCAAUGGCAGCAAAUUUAAUAGACUUAGAGAGUCACUUGGAUAAUUUCCAUACGUCGACUGAAGAUAUCGUUAACGAUAUUUGUAGCAGAGAGACUGGAGAAUGGGACAUCAGCCUCUUUGACGAACUGGAAUACAUUGGUAAUGAAGAGGAGCUGUUGCGGAUUUUGGAAGGCAUACCAUAUACUGAUGAAGCUCCUGAUUUGGGCUGUGGCCUCAACCUUUCCUCCUGGGGGACAGCCACCACUGAAGACACCAGCAGCAGCAGCAGCUGCAUAGAAGAAGAGGUGGCUGUCAGCUGUCUGUCCCCAAACACUACCAUAAGUUCUGUGUCUUCACCUGGUUCAGUGGAGGCUCUGUCUCCCUACUACCUACAUGAUGAGGCCCUGUCACUGCAGCCUGUGUUGUCGUCUCCGCCCGUCUCCUCCGACACCAGCAGUUCCGUUCACACCGGCCUGGUGACGAGGCCUCAGAGGCGGCACAGCCAGGGCUCCAGAGCCAAAUCAGUUCAUCCUCCGAGACGGAUCAUCAACCCCACACCGAAGGUCUCCAUCCAGCCAAAACCGGUCGUGCCCAACUCCGUCCCUGUGCCUCUGCAGACCAAAACCAUCAUUAUCCAGCCCCUGUGCACUGCACUCCCCAUGGUCCGCUCCUCGCCUGUGUCACUGUACUCAGCGCCACCUGCUGGACGCCCCGCCAUGCAGACGGUGCUGCAGAUGUCUGGCCCCCGAGUUGCCCCGGCCCCUGCCGAACCGCUCUCUGAACGCAUGGUCAUCAUGCCGGCCACAGCCGGGCAGUCACCAGCCUUCCCCCAGCCAACGGUGACAGGCUCCUACCACUGUGCAGCAGUAAGCGGAAAUCCACCCGUCGGGAAGAGACACCAGCGGAUGAUGAAGAACCGUGAGUCGGCCUGCAUGUCGCGUCGGAAGAAGAAAGAGCACCUGCUGACCUUGGAGGCUCGGCUGAAGAUGGCCCUGUUUGAGAACCAGAGGUUGAAAAGCGAGAACAGUUCCCUGAAACUGCGGCUGGACAGCCUGGCGGCCGAGAACAAUGAUCUGCAGGUGACUGCCCCCAAAAGACGAGCUGUGUGUCUCCUGGUCGUUAUGGCGUUCAUCAUGCUGUCCGUGGGUCCCACAGGUCUCUUUGAGAGAGACACAGUCUCCAGGCCUUCCAGCGGGGCCCCACCACCUGGCAGACAUCUGCUAGGCUUCUCAACUGCGGACAACGAGAACAACAGAGGUCUGGAGACACCUGAAGCAGACGUUCCUCAGGCCGCAGAGAGGCUGGAGGAGUCCACUCCCGAGGAGAAGGCGCUGAUGGUGGUGAAGAGGCACUCACUCUUUUUUGGGGUACCCCAGCCUUGCUCUUCCCCAGUGAACAGAACCAAGGCAAUCAGACUUACCAGUGAGCUGCGUGGCUGGGUCCAUCGCCACGAAUCAGAGAGGGUGAAGUCCAGAAGUCGCCACAAGACCAAGGCAAUGCUGAAGUCACUGGGGAAGAAGUCUGAGGUUUCUGAGGUUGCGACGGUCCAAUACACUGACAUAACUGAAAAGAACUCAGCUAGCGAGCUGCAGGUGUACUACACUCGUCAUGGCAGCUACCGUGACUUCUUUGAGGAGAUUCAACGCAGAGGAGACACGUUCUACGUGGUGUCGUUUCGCCGGGAUCACCUUCUUCUUCCUGCUACCAACCACAGCAAAGGAAGCAGGCCGAAGAUGUCACUGGUGUUACCUGCUAUGAAUCUAAAUGACUCUGUGAUAGAAGACAAAGAAUAUGAGGCGAUGAUGCAGAUCGACUGUGAGGUGAUGGACACCAGGAUCCUCCACAUCAAGACCAACAGUAUACCAGCAUUCCUGCGCACAAACCACUCCAACUCCCAUCGCUCCACUGCAGGCAGUGGUCAGGCCAUGCCUCCUGUGGGUGUUCUUUCAGGUUCUGCCGAAAGCUAACCAAGCCCACUCAAAACACAAAGCUAAUCAUUUACAGCCCAUUUACUCUGCCUAGUGCCUAUCCGGGGAGGGAGGUGUUGUGGUGAAUUUGUUUCCAUAAUGAAGGUUCAAAAUUAAUUUCUUCUCUUGCUUUUCACUCACUUCUUGCUUUGGUCAUAUUGUUAUCCUUACAUGUUUUUGUGAAAUAUGUGAAUUAGAAAGCAUGGCUGUUUGGGAUCUGGUCUGGGAUUGAUGAAAUAUUAGGUCAUCUCUUGACUUUAGAAAAGACUUUGAGAUUCCCAGAGGUUUUUAUGGGAAAGAUGGCUGUUCAAUGAAGAGCCCUCCUACCUCUGCAGCUUGCAUGUUCUCAAACCAUGAUGUCAUAGCAUAUCUUCUCCGCAAGUUAGAACCAUAGCUCUCUCUCUCAAUUACACACUCUAUCUCUCUCUUCUCACUCUCACUCGCUUUCUUGCUCUGUCUCACGCUCGCACUUGCUUAGCUACUCUCAUAACACAAAUACUGUAAGUUGCAGCCUAUACUGUACUUCCCUGUUUCAAGUGGCAGCUCUUGACCUUCUACAAGUUUGUUUGCCAUCCCAUGGAGAUGUUGUUAACAGGGGUACAGUUUAAAAACUUGUUCCAGAUGGGUUUGAAAGUCUCUCCCGUUCUACAAAUCCAAGUCAUGGCAGUAGCAAGAGUUUUGCUUAAUGGUUUUACUACUGAAGAUAAACUUUUGGAAUUGAAUUUUUAUUUUGCAUUUAAGAAGAAGAUGCAGCUGCUUUAAAAAAUUUUACGUUAAUCUAGUUUUGAAUGUUUUGCACUUAUCCAUUUUUUUACUGAAGGAUAUGACUGAUAUUAAGCAUUGAGAACCUGCAAAUUGGUUCCAUGUUACACCUCCAAAAAUGAAAAUAAUGGGUAUAUUCAAUAAAUUCAAAAUAUCAGACAGUGAGCAAUAGGUCUAAAAUAUACCGUAUAUGCCUUCUUGUGAUGAGAAGUAAAUUUAGAUUUACCAAAGGAUACAACAAAGGAAUCCUUUGACUAAAUAAAGGAACAGCCUAAUUUCACUUCAUUGUAUUUAUGACGCUUGGUUUCAAAGCAAAACUAAUACAUUAAGGCAUUGAUGCAUUAAAAAGCAGGACUGAUACUUUCAGGCAUGGUGAGUUACUGUAAGUGACUCCUCUUAUUGGAACCUUAGUGGUUGCAAUCCGUGUCUAUUCGUAAUCUUUGCCAACAAGAACAUUCUUCUAAUGCCUGUUACAUUUUAGGAUAUGGCUGUAUUUCCUGAUCAUUUGAAUGUCAGACACAUAGCUAGCUUGCUUUUUGUGUGUACUAUACUAUUUUACAAUUAAACAAUGUUUUUAAUUGAGUAACAAGGAAUGAGGGUUAUUUUCAAAACAAUGAAGCAAAUACUACAAUCAAGGUGAAAUUGUGAUGAUUUUCUUAUCUCCCAAUCUCUAAAAUUAGCUCCUCAUAUUCUAUAAUAUGCAUGAAAUAUCCCAGUAAAUAUGCUUAUACUAUGGUCUGUGCAAAUACUUGGUUUAAACCAAUUUAAAUCUCUGAAAUUACCCAACAUAGCCAGCUAAAUAAACCAAACCAGAUUUAGCAAUCGGAGAUGGCUAGCUUCUCUAUUAGCAGCAUGCUGAAAGGUAGCCUCCUUAAUGGCUUCAAGUAGUUAGUGCCAGCAGAAAAAGUUUUAUUUUGUGAAUUGCCCCAAAAUAUUAAUGUCUCCUCCUUAUAUUUAGAUUUUUGGUAAAUAGUAUAAGCAUAAGAAUCCACUCCAAGGCGGUUGUAACGCCCUCCGUUUUGCAUUAGGUGGUCCUUCACCUCCGUAUUGUGUAUUAAAACGCUUUAAUGACCACCUCAGAGUGGAUUGCAUAAUAUUCCAUCAAAUUAUACUCGCGUGUAUACAGUGGGCUCCAGAAAUAAUGUCACCCUUAAUAAAAACUAAGAAAAAGGCUGCAUAUAAUAAACAACACACAAUCUAUAUUUUAUGUUUAGACAUAUGAGGGAACUACACAGGCUACUUUUAUUUCAAUAAAUUUUCUCGUUUCAAUGUUUUCAUUAAGUCUGAAAACCAUAGGUGUCAAAGAGUUUGGUUGAUUCCAUUGAAUCAUCAAUAAAGCACACUACUUUACAAUGUUGGAAAAUAAAUCUUAUUAGCAUAUUAUUUGUGCAUAUUUACCGAGGGUACCAAACUUCCCGAGCCCACUGUAUAUGCAAGGAAUAGGCUAGGACCAUGUGUGCAUGAAUGAUGCACAUACUGUACACAACUUCAUGCACACAUAUCUUCAUAAAAUCCUUGAUCAUCAUCAGUCAAUCAGAAUUUAUCCAAGCAAUGGCAUAAUGAUACAGCACUGCAACUUUUAUUACAGUCUCAGGGAAAGGUAUGUUAAAAUGCAGUACAUGAACUUUGAACAGCAGAUAGACAAAAAUACAUAACUUCUUGUUUUUAAAUUAAUGCAUAACAUACCAGAGGGAUUACACAUGAUUGGAUGGAGUUGGGGUCAAUAGUUCUUAUUUUGUGUUCUGUUGUGACUGCAAGAUCUGAAAACAUGCUGAAAGAGGUGAAAAAAUUACCUGAAAGUAAACUAUAGAUUGUAUGGCAGUUUGCAGUGUAACUCACCUGUGUGCAUUUGCCUUUUUGUAUCAUCAAAUAAAUAAAAUAUUUAUAAUAAUAAUUAUAAUAAAUAUAAUAAUAAUAAUAAUAAUAUUAUUAAUCUAUAUUUGGUGAAAUAAAGUAAUAGGAAUAUACAUUUUAUUAUAUCAAAAUAAAUAUUACAAAGACCAUAUGUUUGAAAAUGUGCAACUACAAGCUAUUUGACUUUAAGCAUAUUGGAAAAUGCACAAUAUUUUGUUCAGUGUACAAUGACAUGUAUGAAGGAGGCAAAUUCUACAUCUGGAUUUUAUAUUUUAAUAUGGAUAGAUUUUUAUUGGGGUUCGCUUUUGUGUAGCUUUUGAUACAGUGGAGCCAGUUUUUGUCUAUUAAGGCAAAACCUUUGUUUAGUGACAAGUGAAAUUCCACAUCAGCUUUAUCAUUUUAUUAUGGGAGCAGGUAACCAAUUCAAUUUUUGUUUUUUGUUUUAUUAUCUCUUGUACUUGAUUUACCAAAUUUGUCAAAUAAAACAGGAUCUCAGGA